AUGCGUGUGUACGCGGCGCGGGUGUGCACAGUGCGGGUGUACACGGCGCGGGUGCGCGCCCUGAGCACCCGGUGCCAGGCGGGGGUGGCCAAGCGCCUGGGGACCCUGAUCUCAGGACUGCUGGAAUGCGGGGCCUUCUGUGGUGUCAUCUUCGGCUGGGCUUCCCUCGUCUUCGUCCUCAAGGAUCUGCACUACUUCGAGGAGCUGUGCCAGCCCACUGCCAUCCCCACCAUCCCUGGCCACAACCAAACCCUGCUGCCUGACUGCAGCCGGCAGGAUGAGCAGUUCUCCCUGGUCUUCACCAUCGGCUCCUUCAUGAACAACUUCAUGACCUUCCCCAUGGGCUUCAUCUUCGACCGCUUUGGCACCACCGUCGCCCGCCUCAUUGCCAU